UGGAUGCAUAGUACAGGGCUAAUGUAGCCCUGGCUCAUAAACUGAAAGGAACCUACUUGUUGUUGUAACAGAGUGGCAUAAAUUUGGGGAAUAAUAACCGAGAAGGUGUGUCGUUUUCAUCUCUCCACUUCGGCAAAAAUCUCUAACAGAGUGACGACAAAAAAAAAAAAAACAGCUGAUAAACACAUCAGUGGUUGAUGAAUAUCAGCACAGCAGAGCACCACCAGACGGUGCUACAGCUAGCAGUGGCUAACGUCAUCCCCGCUAUCAGCAAAUGUUUCUAUCCGCCUGGUGCACCUGCAGUUUUGUGUGACUGUUCGCUACAUUGCGGGGGGUUUGCCGUAAAUGGGCGACUCGGACAGAGUAGCCGGGAGUCGGUGCAUUCUGUGCGGAACGGGCGCUCGCUUGUUUGUGCGGCUAACGUUGUGCUCGGCGGCUAACAAUAGCCGCAAACCGUUGCAAGCUAAUUAACCGUUAACUAAACCUCCUUGUAGCCUUCCGUGGCGAACGGCGUCUCGUCAAAGCACGCGCCGACUUUGCGUUAUACUGGAAUACGACCUUCUUCGCCCCUAUUGAAACCGCCUCCCCCGUUUGUUCUGUCUUUCUUUAUUUAUUUCUGUUAGCCAAACCCCUUCAGGCUCGGGAGUCAAGCGUCAAAAACAGAGCACUCUGAAUGGGAUGCCCGCGCAACUGUAGAAGAAAUUCUCUGUCUGCGGGAAGACUCGUUGGAUUCUCUGUGGCCCUUCCUCGGCGCACAGAUGAGUGAAGGAGCAGCAGGAGAGGCGAAGCUCCCUGCCAGUGAGGCAGUGGAGGAGGACGAGGAGGACCAGGGGGAAGACACCGGGGAGAGUCCCUCAACAGACCACCCCUCUGAGAAACCACCAGCACCCUCGGAUGACCCCAAGGAGGCAGCCGAGAUAAGCCUGCGCCCUGUUGUAAACACCCCAGUGGAGCCCAAAGAGGAGGAGGAGGAAAAGCCCACCGGCGAGCCUCCAGUGGACUGGUUCGAGCCGCUGGAGGAUGAUGAUGAUGAUCCAGAUGAGGAAAGCCUGGCAGGAGAGACGGAGAGCAUUGCGGGCAGCGAGAAAGCCACAAGAUAUCUCUAUCAGAUUUACGGGUAUCGGCGUAAGCGCGCUCAUCCUGAAGAGGGAUGGGUCGAGUGGCCGGUGCUCGGACAAGGUUGGAAGCGCAAAGAGGUUGUUCGACGCUCAGGCUCCAGCGUCGGCCAGAAGGACGUGUAUUAUCUCAGUCCCUGGGGUGAACGAGUGAGGAGCAGAGUAGAACUAGCCACAGUGCUCCAGGGAACCGACUUGACCCAGUUUGAGUACAAGAGCGGCAAGUUCGUGGAAGGGGAAAUCCCACCAGCGAGAGGUCGACCCAGAACGAAGAAGCGCUACCGGGACCGGUCCUCCUCAGAGUCCAGCUGGAUGGACAGAGGAGACGGGGCAGAGACUCCAGACUCUCACCACCGGCUGACUCCGAACAUCACGCCCAGGAACCUCCACAGCAACCAGACGAGCGUCUCGCUGAACAGCUCGACGGGGGAGUCGAAGCAGAGCCCCAACUCCGAGGAAAAGCAGUCGGAGGAAAAAAUCCGGCUCCCCUUCCCCUCGUCGUCUCGUCCGCUCUCGUUGCCUUCGAUCAAGGGAGAAUUCGGAUCGGAAGAGAGCACCCUGAUCUGUGCAAAGUGUGGUAUUUCAUUUACAGGUACAUGGUAUGACAAACAAAGAAAGCGGCCUUGCUGUCCCUCCUGCUGGGCAACAUCAAAGUCGAUAGAGCACCCGCUGAUCCGCUUCAGGAAGUGGAUUCCUUGUGGACAGUGCGUGGGAUGUCACAACGCCAUUGACUGCGGUCAGUGUGCAAACUGCAAGCACAGCCUGCAAAGCCCCGAAGCUAGAAAACGCCUGUGUCGAAAACGCAGGUGCAUAUGUCCGAUACGCAAGCAAAGCCCAGGAAGCAUAAAUGUAACUUACAAGAGAUCUUUUGUUGACCCUGUUGACACAUAUGAAGAUAGUAAUGAUGUCACAGAGUCACAGCAUCCAAGUCUGAAAAGCAGCGACACUGAGAACUUCUCGGCGAACGUGGACCUCGACGAAGACGACAUGUCGACAGACGACGACGAUGACUGGCAUAAAAAGCGGAAGCGACGUUCCUGUGGCGAGUGUAAGGCCUGUCUGUGUAGGAAAGACUGCGGCGUGUGCGAUUUCUGCGUAGACAAGCCCAAAUUUGGAGGCAGCAACAAGAAAAGGCAGAAGUGUCGUCUACGACAGUGUCAAAGGCAAGCGAUGAGACAUUUGCUGCCCUUCCAGAUGGCAGGAGCUGAGUUGGGACUAGAUGCCCCUUUGAUGCCCGGCAGGCCGAGGCCUCACUACACGUACAGCCGCAAGUCCAGCUUAAAGAGAAGCCAAGAUCAGCAGGCUGACAUGGACUACACCGACGACGAUGACGACGACGACGACGAGGACAGCAAUCCUCAACCGCUGAAUCAUUCAGAUUUUGGGGUGCGGAACGGCAUGCCGGAUCGAUUCCCUCACAUCAGCAAUCAUAACUACUCCCAACCAGACCAUCACAGUCAGUGGGAUACAGAGAAAUCGCUCACAGGCAGAAAUGCCCCAAAGCACAUGGAAGAUGACGAGGAUGAAUUUCCCAUGAUUACGCAGAUCUUCAGCCUGGCUGAGAAUCCGGCGGAGAGCGGCAUGGACCUGGAAAACCAGCUGAUGAAGCUGCUCCACUCGCUCCGCUCCUCCGUGCUGCCCAUCCUCUGGUACGCCAUCAUGGUGGAGGGCCCGCAGCUGCAGCUCAUCCAGUGCUCCAAGCAGUCCAACAUGGCCGACACCAUGGUGCUGAUCGACCCGGGCUUCUGCUACCAGGUCACCGUCCAGAAGCAGCCGCUGCUGCCCAUCCACCCGCUCUACGACAUCCACCCGUCGCGGCUCGGCACGGCCACCGACGUGGUGAGCCUGCUGCUGUCUCUGGAGCGGUUCGUCGUGUGCCAGGGACUCCCCACGAAGCAGUCGUCGUUCGCCAAAGGGCCGAUCGUGCUGGAGCGGGCGGCCACGUGCGACUUCCUGAUCAAAAAGAGCGAGCGGACCUGCGCGAGCUGCAAAGCACUUCAAGAACUUCAAAUCCAUCACAGAGAGUGAAAAAAACAGCUGGAUGGCAGCAGUGACUUGUUCUUUUUUUCUGUUUUUGAUUUUGUGCCAUUUUCCUGUUUUUGUUUUGUUUUUCACUAUAUUGUACAGAUGAGACAAUUUAACAGACUUACCUCUGGACUGUGAUAGUAAGUUUUACCUUUUUGAAAAUCGCCAAAGGAAUUCCAGGAGCUGUAUAAGUGUGUAAAUAUACAUAAAUAUAAAUAUAUAUAUAUCUUUUUUUACAUUUUUCUCACACUGGUGUUUUUUUUUUUUUUUUUUUUUUUUCUAAACAACUGUGUGGCGGUGUGUGGGAUUAUGUAUUUUUAUGUCCCAUGAUGCAUUUGUCUCUUACUUGAAAAAAAUAGCCCCUCUUCUAUUACUACUAUUACAUAUUUGUAUAGUCAGUCCUCUGACAAAUUGAUACUUUAGACAGUUUUUCUCGCUGGCAACUUUGGUCUCUGCGCUUGUUUAAAAAUAACUGAGUCAAACAGCAGUUGGAUUCUGAUUGGAAAAAAAAUAGAUUUGCAAAUUGGGCAGUUUGAGUUGCCAGUCUGUCACAUUAUUAUCUCACCCUCAUUUCUGUUUCCUACCCUCUUACUUUACCGAUGAUUGAUUGCAUUUUAGAAUAGCAUCUUAUUGUGGAGGCAAGUAAACAUAAAAUCAUGAUCGCCUCCCGCAGAGAUUAUUUACAGCAUGACAUUGUUAUUGUGGAUCACGCAAAUUUGCUUUGCAUCCUUUGCUGUCACGAAGGAUACAAAUGGGGACAUUCUCGGUACGAAUCGACCAACACGCUUCCUUUGUCAUGUAGCAGUUUAUUUUGUUUGUUUGUUUCUUUCUUUCCAAUCCUUUUAUUUUCAAGAAAUCGUUUGAUUGUCGUCGGGUUUGUCUUUUGAAAUGUCUCCAGCACCCUUCCCCUUGACGUAUGCAGUGAGUUGGAGAAAGCCGGCGUGAGUUCAGCCGUCGGGAGGAAGAAACUUGCAAAUUCGUCAAAUAAGAAUGUGUUUUAAAAAAACUGGUUAGCGGUUUGGCAGUGAGUGAGUUGCUCCUGAAAGAAGCAAAACACUACCUCUCCAUCUUAUAAUCUCGUCCGGUCACUUCCUGACCCGGAAACAGAGUGGGAAUUUUUUUUUUCUUUUUUUUUUAGAUGUUUGCAGUUGUCACAUUUAAGCUGAACAAUGUGCAACUUAAAUGGAAAAACCCGUGAAAGAUUCUAAUUUGGAGGGGCUCUGCCAGAUGUUUUUUGCACAAAGGGUAGCAUAACGUCAGAAGUUGAGGACAUUUGUAUGUAAUUGUUCUGAAGGCCUGUUUACUUCCUGUGUGUGUGUGUGUGUACGUGUGCACGUGCGUGUGUGUGUGUACUCCAGAGAAAUGCCCUUGAAUGAAGGUGCUGAUGGAGUCCAAUCAUCAGGCAGAUGGUGCUGUUCAAAAACCUGAAGCUGAGUUUUUUAGACUCUAUUUUGUUCCCCCUCAUUCGCAACCAUGACUAAUAGAAAUAUUUAAAAUUAUUUAAUAGAAUUUGAAACAAUCGGAUCUCUUUUUUGUUUUGUUUUUCAUUUAUUUUAUUUUUUUCCGUUGCCCCUGCCGUCUGCUUUGGGAUGUUUGUGGAAUAACUCAGUGACUUUUUUGACAAUGUGAAACUUUAUGCAUUUUCAACAUAUAUAUGUAUUUUGGUUAUCAUGUUUUCUUCAAUUACCUUGUGUAUAUUUGAUGCUUUAAAAUUCUAUUGUAAUUUAGUCAACUGAAGAAAUCAUAUUUGAAGAGUUGGAUCAAAGACUUUAAAAAAAAGAAAUCCGUACCCAAAAUGUAGUUGUUGGUUUUUCUAUGGAUCAUGUAUUCUGAUCAUGAGAGCGAGGAACUUAUUGUGCUCAAUUUGGAUUAAUUAUUGUACUUGGAGACAGAAAAUGUUUUUCUGUUAUUAAUAAAAGGAUGAAAUUGUGA